AUGUUAAUCUACAAGCUCUUCAUCCACCCUCGGAAUCCCAAGCUGUCUAUCGUGAAGAUUGAUGACGACGCUGGGUUGAAUGUUUGUCUCUCUUGCUUCAAUGGAGGCUGUGCGGGCGAUCGCAAUCAUGCUGAGCUACACUACAAGCGCUUCGGUCACCCUUUGGCUCUCAACAUGAAAAGAUCGCGAAAGAAGGUACAGCGCGACGAACCUCCACCCAAGAUCUCAAAACUCGCAAUCGCAGCAGAAACAGAUGAAGAUCGUUACGACACAGCAACUUACGUCGUUUGCUAUCAAUGUCACUCCGAUCGGAUUGAUCCAUCAAGUGGCAACCUUCCAGAUGUGAUCGGGGGUGUCAUGAAGGCCUUGACGUUCUCGAAGAGAGAAGAGAUCAAAGCCUGGGAGCAAGAGUUUGUUCCCUGUGAGCAUACACUCUGUUUGGUCCAGCAAGACUCCAAACGGAUUGAAUCCCAAGAACUCAGUCAGUGCUCAAUGUGCCCUCUCAAGGAAAAUCUGUGGCUUUGCUUGGAAUGUGGCAAUCUCGGGUGCGGACGCAGCCAAUUUGGUGGGAUGGGAGGCAAUUCACAUGCACUUGCACAUGCGGACUCGACAUCCCAUGCCGUAGCCGUCAAGCUUGGCUCGAUAACUGCAGAUGGGAAUGCUGACAUUUACUGUUACAAAUGUACUGAAGAAAGGACAGAUCCAGCUCUUGCGACUCAUCUCGCUCACUGGGGGGUCAACCUGAGCGGUCGUGAAAAAACCGAGAAAAGUCUAAUGGAAAUGCAGGUCGAGCACAAUUUGCGAUGGGAGUUCUCGAUGACAACUGAGGAUGGCCACGAGCUCACGCCAAUUUUCGGCCCUGGUUUCACAGGGUUGGCCAAUCUUGGAAAUAGUUGCUAUCUCUCAAGCGUCAUUCAGUGCUUAUUUUCUCUCCCGGAAUUUCAGCAAAGAUACUAUCGUGGUGGCGACGAGCCACCAUUGACCGCUAAACCGGCCGAGGAUCUAGAGACUCAGAUGGAGAAACUUGCUGAUGGCAUUCUUUCCGGUCGUUAUUCAAAACCCAACGUGGAUGUGUUUGCCUCGCCCGAUUCAGCGGAAGUUCCUCCCCAGAAAGGGCUGUUGCCAUCAAUGUUCAAAUUUCUUGUGGGGAGUGGUCAUGAGGAGUUCUCGACGAUGAGGCAGCAGGAUGCGUUUGAAUUUCUCCUCCACCUAUUCAAACUGCUUCAAAGGAUGCAAUGUCCCGAGGAGGGAAAGAAUCCUAUCGAAUGUUUUCAGUUCGCUCUUGAGCAACGUCUUCAGUGCCAGUCCUGUAGGAAAGUCCGCUACCGAUUGGAUGAGCAAGACAACGUCUCCAUUCCCGUCCCUGUCCGUCGACUCCCUGUUAGUGGUGAUACGACCUCUGUGGCUCAAUUCGGGACGGUGACGCUAUUCGAGUGCCUGGCUGCUUUCACUGCGAGCGAAACCGUUGAGCUCAGUUGCCCUGCCUGCGGAAGCAAGGAUGGAUUCUCGAAACGAUCUUCAUUCAAGACUUUCCCACAGGAAUUGGUAAUCAACGCCCGACGAUUUGAGGUUGUUAAUUGGGUUCCCACCAAAUUAGAUAUUCCGGUAGACGUCAGCGAUGCGCCAUUGGAUUUCACCCCGUAUCUAAGCAGCGAUCGGGAACAUGGCGAGGAAUCUCUCCCAGACGAGGACAUCUCGAACAGUGUGUUCUUGCCUGAUCAUGAUGCUCUUGACCAGCUUCUUGCCAUGGGCUUUCCUCGGAUCAGGUGUGAAAGGGCACUUUAUUCGACAGGCAACUCCAAUGCUGAGGAUGCAAUGAACUGGCUUUUUGCCCAUGUGGACGAUCCUGAUAUUGAUGAACCCGUUGUACGGGACCAGGUCUCUGCGGGAGCCCACAUGGACCAGCAAGAUCCACAGGCGGUGGCUCAAUUGAGCGAGAUGGGCAUCGAUGAAAAGCGCGCCAGGAAGGCCUUGGCUGCUUCGGAUGGUGAUGUGAAUAGGGCCAUUGACUGGGUUUUCAGUCAUCCGGAUGAUGCUUCUGACAGUCAUACUUCCGAGUCUCAGUCAGGAUCUCGGCUUGGUAGCCAUGGCCGAACACCUGGGUCUUUUGAUACCCCAGCUAUGUAUCAACUUCGUGCCAUUGUUUGCCAUAAAGGAUCUUCAGUUCAUGCAGGUCACUAUGUCGCAUUUGUUCGGAAAGUUCUGCCAGGCGAAGAUGCUUCAUCAUGGGUCAUGUUCAAUGAUGAGAAGGUUGUGAAGGUUGAUGAUAUUCAAGAGAUGAAGAAAUAUGCAUAUCUCUAUUUCUUCUCUCGGGUCUAA